AUGAAUUAUGAACAUUCCACUUUCUACAGUCAAGUCGUAGACGUGACUGAUGUUUCAGAUGAGUUGUUGUGUUUACGAGAAAAACUAAGAGAUGUUGAGAGAAUGGAUGGGAAGUUUAACCUCAGAACGCAACAAACAUUGAAACAUAAACAGAUCUAUCAUGUUGAUGACAGACGAAAACCAUCUCAAGCUUCCACGUUUCCUAUUCUAUUUUCCUCGACUUUAAAGAUUCAACUCAAUUUUAUUGCCUUGUUAUCGUUCAGUUCAUGA